GCGUGCAGAGGCAAAAUCAGUCACAUUUGCACCUCUUGCACCUUCGGGACGUACUCGUUACCCGUCUCCAGCGCGAUCUGCCCGAAAUUCUAGAUUUUUUCGAAAUUUCUGUUGUUUUUUUUCUCGCAAAGGCAAAAGCAAAAGCAAACGAAAGUUAUUUGAAUUUUUUUUGACUGUGAAAAACCAAGGAAAUUCCUGCAACUUUGGAUAUCAGCAGAAACGGCAGAAAAAAGAUCCUCACACGCACAACCCGAUCCACAACUUAUAUCCAGAGAUAUCGCAGCUGUCAAGAUGCUCAAGUGGGCUGUGAACCAGCCCCGACCCUCGUACCUGGCCAAGGAGCUGCCAGAGGGAGCUGCCACCAACCCCAAGACAUCAGCAGCAGCAACAGGAGCAAAAGGAGCAGCAGGAUCAGGGGCAAGCAGCUACAGCGAGUUCCAUGCCCUGCGGGGAAAGCUCAAGCGGAAGUCCCUCUGCCUGGCCCUCGCCCACGGACAGGGGAAGGAGAACCAGCUGACCUCGACGCCACUGCCAGCCAGCUCCCUGCCCGUGCACCCACGGACCCCGCUGCUCAAGGACCUCAGCAAUAUCAUGUCCUCGCCCCUGACUACGCCCACGCCCACGCCCACACUCCGCCCAACCGCCUACGCCUCCACGCUGCCGACCUUCGAGGCGGAGUACUCCCCGAGCGCGGCCAUCAUACCGGGUCCGCUGCUCGCACUCCGCGGCAUGGGCAUCCCCGACAGCUACUUCGAGAAGCCACGCUACCUGGAGCUGAAGCCCCUGCCCCUUCCCCUGCCCGUGCCCCAGGCCCCUGCCACGAAGAGCGGCCAGACCACGCCCAGCUCCAGCCAGAUGGGAGACGUGACCCUGGAGCGGAUGAUCGACGCCAUUCUGGAGAGCACCCGCAAGGCGCCGGCCCCCAGGCAGCCGCGCCAACGUUUGCGCCAGCGACACAGACACCACCCCCUGAGCAGCACCACCUCUUCCUCCGCCGCCGCCGCUGCCGCCACCCACUCGCCCACCUACCGGCCCGCCUUCGACCCGGCCAGCGACCUCUGCGAGUACUGGAGGUCACCCCACGCGAGUGGCUACGAGGAGCGGGAGGUGCGCUCCCCCCAGCCGGCUACCGUCGAUGGACAGCCGCAGUCCCAGUCCCAGUCCCAGGGGAAGAGGCGAUCACUGCAGCUGCGGAGGCAGCGCGUGGUGCGGCGCAAACGGAAGAUCGCGACAAGAAUCUCCUCCAGCGUACGGCAGUCGGCCCAGAAGCUGCUGGCGGCCGCCCGCUCCGCCCAGAAGAUCCGCCACAUCAGCCCCGACAGCGGCCACAACUCGACCAGCGACUGCGACUUCGAGGAGGAAGUGGACUCGUUGUCAUCGCUGGGCGCCUGUGGCGGCCUGGGCCUGGGCAUGGGUCUGGAGGCAGCCACCAAGCGGCGGCUGAGCUUCUCCUUCCAGGAAGAUCUGUUCGUGGAGAAGUGAGGGAGGGCGACUCGGAGGAGACUCAUCUUUGGCUGUCGACAGAUAACGUUUGUUCCAAUUUUUCCCACUUUUUUCGUUACACUUUGGUUGGAGGAGUAUUUUUGUUUAAACAUUAGAAAGAAUGUGGCUAAAAGCGCAGACUUGCCUUGGUAUCCAUAACCAUAUAUAUCCCCCGAAGAUAAUGAUAUGUUGAAACAGAUUUUAUAAUUGAUUAAGAUUUUUUUUGGAAAUAAAACUUUUUAGAGCAAUAAUCAU